CUCCCUCUCCUUCUCCUUCCCCUCAUAGCAUUCUCUUCACCACAUAAACACAAAAACAGAGUUUGAUCAAUAAAUAACUUUGCCUUAAGUUGUCAUUUCCUUGCUGUAAUCAUUCUUAACCGGAAAGAAAAGAAAAGAAAAUGGUAGGCACAUACAGCACUGAUCUUCCUCCAGGUUUCAGAUUUCACCCCACCGAUGAAGAGCUGAUCAUGUUCUAUCUCAAAAACCAGGCUACAUCCAGAACCUGCCCAGUUUCAAUAAUCCCCGAAGUCGAUAUCUACAAAUUCGAUCCAUGGGAAUUGCCUGAGAAAGCAGGGUUUGGAGAGAGUGAGUGGUACUUCUUCAGCCCUCGAGAUAGGAAGUAUCCGAAUGGUGUUCGCCCGAAUCGGGCAGCUGUUUCAGGAUACUGGAAAGCGACAGGCACAGAUAAAGUGAUCUACAGCAGAUCGAAAUUCGUAGGUGUGAAGAAGGCUCUUGUUUUCUACAUGGGGAAGCCGCCGAAAGGCGUCAAGACUGAUUGGAUCAUGCACGAAUAUAGACUGGGUGAUUCGAGGCCGCAUCCAAGCAAGCAGAAUGGCUCCAUGAGGUUGGAUGAUUGGGUUCUAUGUCGGAUCUACAAGAAAAAGAAUCUAACAAAGCCUCCUGAGCAAAAAGUAGAAGACUCUUUUAUUCAGCCUGUGAUUGCCAAUGAGGUUAUAGAACCACAGAUUCACAAGUUCCCGAGAACUUGUUCUCUAACUCAUUUAUGGGAGUAUGAAUACAUGACCUCAAUCUCCCAACUCCUGGAUGAAAAUGCAUACAAUGUGCCCUUAAACAAUCAAGAAGCAAUAGUCGAAAAUGGGGCCGAAAUGUAUCAGACAGGGCAAGUUAAGCUACCUUACACAGAUGACGUGAAACUCCAAGUCCAUCAGUCGAUUUUUGUGAAUCCAGUGUCUCAACUGCAGUAAACAAGAACAACAUCGGAUUAAGGGAUCAAGUCAGCAGCAAGUGUACAGAGAAUGUUGGCAAACAAAUGGUCAUUGUCAACAGUGGAUAUAGCUUUAUCAUUGUAGCUGGUGGUGGACAAGUCCAUAUGCUGUUAAGCUACAUAAUUCUAAUCUAGUGGUGUUGGGCCAUAGAUAAAUUUAUGACUGCUUUUAGAUUUGUGCUAUAUGCUUUUUUGGUGAUAUAAAGAUUUUCCUAUUUGUGCUAAA